UCCACUCUUUCACUCUCUCUCUCUUACUCACCCACAAAAAUGCGCCGGUCACCGGUGCUCCUCUCCCUCUUAACCCUACUCACUCUCCUCCUCUCCGCCGCUUCAUGGCGGCCAUGGCCCCACCUCAGGGCCAACAAGACCGACCUUGCCUUCGGCGACAACAAAAAGUUCGAAGGCUCCUCCGAGUUCGUCCACCUCAAGUACCACAUGGGCCCCGUCCUCACCGCCGACAUAACCGUCCACACAAUCUGGUACGGCACGUGGCAGCGCCGCCAGAAGAAGAUCAUACGUGAGUUCAUCAACUCCAUCUCCGCCGCCGACUCCAAACCCCCCUCCGUCGCCGGCUGGUGGAAGACCGUCCAGCUCUACACCGACCAGACCGGCCACAACAUCUCCCGCUCCGUCAGGCUCGGCGCCGAGAAAAACGACCGCUUCUACUCCCACGGCAAAGCCCUCACCCGCCUCUCCAUCCAGUCCGUCAUCAAGUCCGCCGUCUCCGCCACCACCCGCCCCUUACCCACCAACCCACAGGGAGGCCUCUACCUCCUGCUGACGUCAGACGACGUCACCGUCCAGGACUUCUGCGGCCAGGUCUGCGGCUUCCACUACUUCACUUUCCCCUCCAUCGUGGGUUACACUCUCCCUUACGCCUGGGUCGGAAACUCGGCGAAGCAAUGCCCCGGAAUCUGCGCCUACCCUUUCGCGGUUCCGGAUUACAUGCCGGGUUUGAAGCCGUUGAAGUCGCCGAACGGUGACGUCGGCGUGGAGGGGAUGAUAAGCGUUAUAGCUCACGAGAUUGCUGAGCUGGCGAGCAACCCUUUAGUGAAUGCUUGGUACGCCGGACAGGACCCCACAGCUCCGGUGGAGAUCGCCGACCUUUGUGAGGGGAUCUACGGCACAGGAGGAGGGGGGUCGUACACUGGGCAGCUCCUGGACGACCACGAUGGCGCCACGUACAACAUGAACGGAAUCCGGCGCAGGUUUUUGGUCCAGUGGGUUUGGAGCCACGUUUUGAGUUACUGUACCGGACCUAAUGCACUCGACCAGUAAAAAUAUAAAUUUUUACUGCUUUUCUGUUUCGGGUCUUGUUGUUUUUCCUUUUUCGGAGUCUGGUCGUUUUUGGAGCUUCUCUGCUUUGUUUGCUAAUGCGUAAUUAGUUAAAGUAGUUAAGGAUGUUAAUUAUUAUUAUUAUUAUUGUAAUAAUGAUUUUUAUAUAUAAUCUUGUUGUAUACUGAUUUUUGUAUACAUAAUUAGAGCUU